UUUUAAACCGCAGAGCUCUUUUUCUGUUGCUUUGAUAUGGCACUUCUUAUGACCGCGUAGGGAGCAGUGAAUUUGAAGGAAGGAGUAACCGUCCAAAACAGUGUCAGUAGUUGGUAACGUGAUGCGAAGCUCGCGUCUGAGCGGCAAGGUUAUAAUUUAUACCUCCGACAACCACAAACGACGCCAUUUUAGUGGUUAUAAAACAAAGGCGUCAUAGGUAACGCCACAACCCAUUUCAGCUGUCAAAUUGUAUAGCUUAAUUCACAGCAGAAUUAGGGUUCCUACGGAUCUCACUUCCCCAAUUGAAAUGGACUCAAAGCACACAGGAGAUGUUUUCAAGCAUUUGGAGAAGCAAAGCGAGCUCUUAAUGGAAGCCUAUAGAUCAAUGUCGCAUGAACUGCAUAAACUUCAGGUAGAGGAAGAAAUGUUAAUGCGCAAGUUCUAUGAGAUAAUGUCUGCUCAUGGUAAAACUAAGCAGAUUGAAGGUGGUAGUAGUAAUGUUUCAGAUGACAGAAAAGUUGGAGACUCCACUGCGUUAGUUGUUUCGACUAACAAUGAAGAACAAACGUGAAAAGCGAAAAGUGCAAAGUGAUCCUCUUUUAAGAUUUUACUUCAUACGAUGUUUUUGGACAUAAUUGUAAAUGCUCUAUAUAUGUUUGUCAUUACUGAGAAGAGAUUGCCAUGGAGGAUGAUCUAUGUGACUGAGUUAUUUUUUUUGUAAUCGGGAUUGAUUGAGGAUUUUAAACCAAUGUAAUGCUUGCGUUCCAUAUAAAGUAUCAACAUUUUUCAUUUA